UGGAGUUCCAUGGCGUGAUGCGUUUUUACUUCCAGGAUCGAGUGGCGGGGAACUUUGCCACAAAGUGUAUCCGAGUGUCCAGCACGGCGACCACGCAGGAUGUGAUCGAGACGCUGGCGGAAAAGUUCAGACCGGAUAUGAGGAUGCUGUCUUCUCCCAAAUACUCCCUCUAUGAGGUCCACGUCAGUGGCGAAGAGAGGAAACUGGACUUGGACGAGAAACCACUGGUCGUACAGCUGAACUGGAACAAAGACGACAGAGAGGGCCGCUUCGUACUCAAGAACGAGAACGACAUCAUGCCCAAGAGAACACUGACAAAUGGCCCUGAGAAAGAGAAGGAGGGGGUGAUCCAGAACUUCAAAAGAACACUGUCCAAGAAGGAGAAGAAGAAAGAGAAGAAGAGGGAGGAGGCGGCCUUUUCCAGAAUUCCAGAUGUAGACGAUCACACACUGAACCGCGAGGAUGGAGAGAACUCCAGAUUGGCUGCUGAGGUAUAUAAAGACAUGCCAGAGACCAGUUUCACAAGGACCAUUUCUAACCCCGAGGUGGUGAUGAAGAGGAGACGACAGCAGAAGCUGGAGAAGAGGAUGCAAGAAUUCCGCAGCGGAGACGGUCGACCGGAUUCAGGAGGGACUCUGAGGAUCUACGCCGAUAGUCUGAAGCCAAACAUUCCCUACAAGACCAUCCUGCUCUCAACUACUGAUAUGGCUGACUUUGCUGUGGCCGAGGCUCUGGAGAAAUACGGGCUGGAGAAGGAAAAUCCCAGAGAUUAUUGCAUCGCCCAGGUGAUUCAUGCAAAUGAUAAACCAGUGAAGGAGACCAUACUAGACGACACAGAUUGCCCUCUGCAGAUCCUCAGAGACUGGACAAGCGAUAAAGAUCCCUUAGUAUUCCAACUGAAAAAGCGUCCUCCAGACUACGCUCCAAGGAAAGGACGUAAAUCCGACAACAGGAUGGGGCCGCCUCACGGAUCCAUUCCUCCCGAGAAACUGCCCUACCUGGUUGAACUGAGCCCAGGGCGAGGGAGUCAUUAUGCCUACUACUACCGUCAUCAUGAAGAUGGGUCAGACUCCAGGGAUAAACCCAAACUUUACCGACUACAGCACAGCCUCACUGAGGUCGGAUCUGACCGAAGUGAAGAUGGAAGCAUUCAACUGUUUGGGCCUGGGAUUCUGCCUCACCACUGUGACCUGAUGCAUGCGGACGGGCUUGUGACCGUGACCCCUGUCAGUUUGGACGCUGAGACGUUCGUGGAUGGACAGCGGAUCUCCGACACUACGGUUCUGCGCAGCGGCGUGACGGUCCAGUUCGGAGCCAUUCACGUCUUCAAAUUCGUAGACCCCAGCUAUGACCACAGCAUGUCCAAGAGAGGCUACACCUGGUCCCUCCGCUCACCUGGCUUCAGUCUUGUCAUCAAUAAUCCAGUGGAGAUGAGAAUGCUCAUUCAAACACGCACAGCACAGUUUGGCAUCUGUGACAGGAUGUUGUACAGCAGGACUGGAGCGGGGUCUCUGGAGCGGUGGGCGUCUGUAGAGAACGGUGUCAAUCUGUCCUAUCUCAACUGGUUCAUCAAGCAACAAUUCUUUCCCCGCAGGUCCCAGGAUGGCCCAGAACUCACUCUGCCGGCCAACAUCGAGUUCAGGGAAAACUCCGAGGAUGCCUUCCUGUCUGCCAUCAUUAACUACACCAACAGCUCAACGGUGCACUUCAAGCUGUCCCCCACCUAUGUGCUGUACAUGACCUGCCGUUACGUCAUGUCCAGCCAAUACCGGCCUGACAUCAGCCCCUCUGAGCGAACACACAAGGUCAUCGCCAUUGUCAACAAGAUGGUGAGCAUGAUGGAAGGAGUUAUCCAGGAGAUUGCUGAAGGUGAUCAGAAACAGAAGAACAUCGCAGGGGCUCUGGCCUUCUGGAUGGCUAACGCCUCAGAGCUGCUGAACUUCAUCAAACAGGACAAGGAUCUGAGUCGCAUCACGCUAGAUGCACAGGAUGUCCUCGCUCACCUGGUUCAGAUGGCUUUUAAAUACCUGGUGCACUGCUUGCAGUCAGAUCUGAAUAACUACAUGCCAGCUUUCCUGGAAGAUCCCGAUGAACAGAACCCACAGAGGCCCAAGAUAGAGGACGUUCUGCACACGCUAACGGGCGCCAUGUCUCUUCUGCGGCGGUGCCGUGUCAAUGCGGCCCUCACCAUUCAGCUUUUUUCGCAGCUCUUCCACUUCAUCAACAUGUGGCUCUUUAACAAGCUGGUGACGGAGGCUGACUCAGGCCUGUGCUCGCACUACUGGGGCGCCAUCCUGCGACAGCAGCUCAGCCACAUCGAGGCGUGGGCUGAGAAACAGGGUUUGGAGCUGGCCGCAGACUGCCACCUCAGUCGCAUAGUCCAGGCAACGACCCUCCUCACCAUGGACAAAUACUCCAUGCAAGAUGUGCAGAACAUCAACAACACCUGCUUCAAGCUCAACUCUCUGCAGCUCAACGCUCUGCUGAGCAACUACCACUGCGCUCCUGAUGAACCCUACAUUCCUCCUGAGCUGAUUGAUCACGUGGUGGCUGUGGCCGAGAACACGGCGGACGAACUGGCCCGAAGCGAUGGGCGGGAAGUACAGCUUGAAGAGGACCCUGACCUCCAGCUGCCUUUCCUACUGCCCGAGGAUGGCUACUCAUGUGACGUGGUGCGGAACAUUCCUAACGGAUUCCAAGAGUUCCUAGAGCCGCUUUGCCAGAGAGGUUUUUGUCGAUUGACACCUCAUCCACGCUCUCCAGGAACUUGGACCAUCUAUUUUGAAGGAGCUGAUUGCGACAGUCACUUCUCAGCUGACACGUCGGAACUGCCAAUGCGGAAGGAACCGGAAAUUGCGACAGUGACUUUGAAGAAACACAAUGGGAUGGGCCUCAGUAUUGUGGCGGCCAAGGGUGCCGGACAGGACAAACUUGGUAUUUACAUCAAGUCUGUUGUCAAAGGAGGUGCGGCAGACAUAGAUGGGCGUCUGGCUGCCGGAGACCAGUUGCUCAGCGUGGAUGGAAGAAGUCUGGUUGGCCUCUCGCAGGAGAGGGCGGCGGAAUUGAUGACACGAACCGGCUCUGUUGUAACGCUCGAGGUGGCCAAACAGGGAGCCAUUUACCACGGCCUGGCCACGCUCCUCAACCAGCCGUCCCCCAUGAUGACCCGCGCAUCAGACCGUGGACGUGGAGACAAGGGAAAGAUGAGACCAAAGAGCGAGGGCUUUGAGCUCUACAACAACUCUGUCCAGAACGGCUCGCCUGAGAGCCCCCAGGGCACGUGGGACACCUAUCCUGAACCAAAGAAGGAGGACAGGUUGUUGAAGAACCGUGCAGACCACCGAUCAAGCCCAAAUGUGGCUAACCAGGCCCAUAGUCCAGGCGGGAAGCCUGUUUACCCAGGAGCCCCAGGAAAGAUCACUUCGGUCUCGACGGGUAACCUCUGUCCUGAUGAGGAGCCCUCUCCACCCCAUCCAGAGGCGUAUCCCAUCCCCACUCAGACAUACCCAAGGGAAUACUUCACCUUCCCAGCCUCCAAAUCUCAGGAUAGGAUGGGCCCUGGCCAGCCCUGGCAAAACAAUGAACCGGAGCCUCUCCCCCCUAUGGAUAACCACUCGAACAACAGCAUGGCUAUACAGCGGGUGGCGCGCUCUCAGGAGGAGCUGUGCGAGAUGCCGGGCAGGUACCCAGGUGAACGCCUGCGCCAGGAAGACCUGAUGCACCUGCAGCAGCAGCAGCGUGAUGCCGAGUACCAACGAGGCAGUGGGGAGCACUGGAACCACCAGAUGUCCUCCUCGGUGGAGUCCAGCACCUCCAGCCAAGAGCACCUCAACUACUCGUCGUCUUCCGGCUCCAGGAUCCAAGGCAACCACAAGAGCGGCCCUGGCCGCUGGAAGACCCCGAUAGCACCCCACUCCGGCCCCGUGUGUGUCUCCCAACCUUCCCGUUCAGAUCUUCCACCUCCUCCUCCUCCUCCUGCGCACUACGACUAUGAGCCACAAACUGACCUGCCGCUUCCUCCACCGCCCUCUAUUACACAGCAACAGGCAGCGGCCGCUGUGGCCACGGUUGAACGCAAGAAACGCGAGGAGCAACAGCGCUGGUAUGAGAAGGAAAAAGCCCGGCUUGAAGAGGAGCGAGAGAGGAAGAGAAGAGACCAGGAGAGGAAGCUGGUGCAGAUUCGCAACCCUCCCGGCCCAGUCAUGCACAACAACCAGCACGGCCCAUUGCCGCCCGCCCCUCAGCACCAACAGAUGCCCCAUCCACAGCCCCCCAUGCAGGUGCCCCAACCGUACCUUCCCCCAGUCCAGCAGCCCCAACCGCACCUUCCCCCAGUCCAGCAGCCCCAACCGCCACAGCCACAACCCGCCCGACCAGACAAGCUAUCCAGCCUUCCCCGCCAGCCGCCACAGGACACAGUAAUUCGUGACCUCUUGCCCCAGCAGCAGCCACGCACCAUCGAAAGACGUGACCUGCAAUACCUCACCAUCAGCAAAGAGGAGCUGUCCGCCAGCGACAGCCUAUCGCCCGACCCGUGGAAAAGGGACGCCCGAGAGAAACUGGAGAAGCAGCAGCAGCUUCACAUCGUGGACCUUCUAGACAAGGAGAUCCAGGAGCUUCAGGCCAAACCUGAACGCACGGCUGAGGAGAACGACCGUCUGCGCAAACUCAUGCUGGAGUGGCAGUUCCAGAAGAGACUGCAGGAGUCCAAGCAGAACGAGGAGGAUGAGGAGGAGGAGGAUGACGAAGAUCACAACCCAUACUGCCCUGGAAUGUUCCUGGCAGCACAUCACUACGUCCCAGCCCACUGCGCCAAUUUUUUUUUACUUUUAUCUUCUCGAAAACCCCUCCUUUUCUUUAUUUCUUACUACUUUUUUAUUCUCUCUCUCCCAACCCUUUGGUUGCUCUGUAUGUUUUUGUUUCUCCUGCAGCAGACUGCUGUUCCAGCAAUCUCUGUACUAGACUUGCUGCAGGACGAGGAGCGACGACGGAAACAGCAGUUGGAGGAAAUCCGUAAGCGUGAGGCAGAAGAGCGAGCCAAACAGGAGGAGGAGAGACGCUGGAGAGAGGAGGAGAGAGCCAGACGAGAGACCGAGGAGAAGAGGAGACAGGAGGAAGAGUACUACACCCGCCUGGAGGCAGAGCGGCGCCGGCAGCACGAGGCAAUGCCAACAGUACUGCUCCCAAGGCAGGGCAGCCCCCUCUCCCUCCCGCCAAACCCAGCUUCAUCCCAUCGGCCAACUCGAAAGGAUUUAAUUCAUACACUGGAAACACAACAGGACUAGGAUCAGGAGAGAUUUACAAAGACCCGCGAGAGAAGUGGACAAAAGGCGGCCCCGAUCAGGAGAACUCAGUCGGAGGAGCUCCAGAAAGCCUGACAUUUAAGGAGCGCCAGAGACUCUUCUCACAGGGAAAGGAAGUGUCGAA